AUGCAAGUUCAGGAAUCUCUAUUUGAAUCCCGUCUAAUUGUGAUAAGAGAUUUUUAGAUCUACAAUCAUCCAACUGAUGAAUAAAUUAAAUUAGGACGUGCUCUAAAUGGAAGUUUGAUGAUUUUGCUAUUUGGGUUGAUGAUUUUAUCAUUUGUAUCACCAAUUUUGUUUUUCCUAAGUAAGCCAGUCACUCCUACUAGUUAUAGUGCUUCAGAUGUAUGAAUAUCUUAUAUCAAUAGGAAUGAGUUAGAGAAGAUUAUCACUAAGCCAUGUAAUAGUAACUAGCAAUCCUGAUUUCAUAUUACUGACAAUUAGUUUUACAUUCAUCUUAGGAACAAUAACACUGUCUACUUUGCAGAUGGAAUAUUUUAUAUCUCCUUUAGUAAUUUAGUUUUGGUGGGUG